ACUGGAAGUGGAAGCUGCAAUGUCAAGCAAAGCAAAACGCUCUCCACCAAAAAUCCCUAUCCUUCACCCACUACACCCCUCUCCAAAAGCCAGAGGAAGCAACAAAAAGUUGGAAAGAAAACACUCUUUUCACAUCAUCAUCAUCCCCUUUGAUUUUUUUUCCUUCUCCCUUUCAAUGCUUUCAUUCACCUACCAACCACACCCACCUUCUCAACUUUGCACAAAGCCCCCAAAAUUUCCAUUUCAACUCUCUCUCUCUCUCCAAGUUCUGUUCUUUUACCGUGCUUUCCCUUCAAUCCAUGAUAGUUAUUCAUUUUGAGAAACCUUUCUAGAACCCACAAAUUAAAUCCUAUGGACAAUAAGUAGAAUCCAUUGCUUCCAAUGGGUAGUGAUUGACCAUUUUGCUUUGUGAUUGAACUCUACUUUUGUUCUGUUCUUUGAGCUUGUACUACUUUCUUGACCCAUUUCUGCACAAAUACCUUUUUCUGGUAGCAGGAGUGGAAAUUUCUGAUACCCGGAAUCAAUUUCCUUCAGAAAUCGAUUGUUUUGAUAUGGAAUCUUUCAAUCAAACAACUGGGUUUCGUUAUAACCCAGAUGCAAACACAGAGGGUGAUUCUGAAUUUUCUGGGAUCCUCGAAAUCUUUGUUCAUCAUGCAAGGAAUAUUCACAACAUAUGCAUCUACGACAAUCAAGAUGUUUAUGCAAAAUUUUCUCUCACCUACAACCCAGAUGAGACCUUCUCAACCAGGAUCAUCAAUGGUGGUGGAAAAAACCCAGAAUUCAAUGAGAAUUUGAUCAUGAAAGUUUCCCAAUUUGAUGCUGUUCUUAAAUGUGAGAUUUGGAUGCUGAGCAGGGCCAAGAAUUUAAUGGAGGAUCAGCUCCUGGGGUUUGCUUUGGUCCCAAUUUCUUCUGUUGUUGGGAAAGGAAAGAUGACCCAAGAUUUCUCUCUCUCUUCCACUGAUUUAUUUCACUCUCCUGCUGGUACUGUCAAGCUCACUCUGUCUUUCAAUCCAAAUGUUGCAAUUCAUAGCUCAAUCAAUUUAUUCUCUGACUCAUCAGUGCCCAAUUCCUCAAUAACUUCUGAGGUUGUGUUGUUGGAUAGAAAAAUCUCAGAAUUUGUCCUUGACCCAGUUGAGUAUUCUAGGAUUGAAUUUCCAGAUAUCAGCAUAGUAAAAGAGAAUCAAAAAAUGGUAUCUGAGUAUUUUGAUUUAGCAAGCCAUGGCUCUGGUUCUAGACCAGGGUUGGUUGGUCCUGGGUUAUUUCUUCAUCUUGGUGCUUCCCAUCAGGCACUUGAUGACUAUGAAAUGGCUGCUAAUUCGACCGAUGAAACCCGGGCAGGCUCGGAUUCCCCCAAUGGGAGUGUACAGAAUUCUGGGUUCAUGAGCUCCACCAUGACAAGCUUGAGUGAUGACAGAAACUCAGCCGAUUCAUUGGAGAAAAAGAAUCAUUUGUCAGAAACUACUCACAGCCCAAGUGCUUGUCCUGAAACUCCAACUUCAAAGAAGGGAAGUGACCCAAGAGAAUCAAAAGAACCAAAUUUCUCAGAGGAAAGCACAAAGGAAGGCAAUUUGGAGUCUUCUAAAUUUGGUGAAGUGUUUUCAGCUCCACUCGGAAAUAUUAAUCUUGAGGGAGGAGAACAAGCGGCAAUGCAGCAACAGAUAGUUGACAUGUACAUGAGGAGUAUGCAGCAAUUUACAGAGUCUUUGGCAAAGAUGAAGCUGCCUAUGGAUCUUGACAAACCGGAAGCUGAAGAUCGCGGCGAUUUGAUUCAAAACCAUGAUAGCAAUGUGAAAAUUGAGAAGAAAAAGGACUGUUCGAGGGUGUUUUAUGGUAGCCGGGCUUUCUUCUGAUCACUGUUUGAUGCUGCAGUUUUUGCGUAAAAUCCAGCAGUAUGGUGUUUUUUUUUUGUCACUGAUUGUGAUUCCUCUAGUUGUUUAACUGGUUUAUGUGGAUGAGCAUAGUAAGAUGUUUGGAUCUGCAUUUUAGAAAGUUGUUUGCAUGGUUCAUUGUUCUUGUUUCAAGGUUUAGG